UCCUAACUUCCUUGUAUGAUAGUCAUGAGCUAAAACUGAAAUUCGUCAGGCCAUCCUUGAAUUCUCUAAUCAUGACUGUUUCCAAAUGUUUGACUGUGUUUUUAAAAUCCAAAUGUUUGUCAUAAAAUCCAGAAUUUCCAGGGAUAUUACUUAGAUUCAUAGAACAUAAACUCGUAACUUCUCACCAGAGGAGAAAAGAAAAUAUGUGCUUAUUUUAGUUAGUUGCCUUGAUUAGGACUAAUUUAUGCAUUUCACUUUCACCAAUUCCAGGGUCUUUGACCUGAUUUAUUAUUUAACUUGAAUGACUAAGUUCUUUUUUUUUAUUACAGGUGCAAUAUUUAAGUUAUUUGAGGAUGCCUCUUCCCUCUACUCAAGACCUGGAUGCCAGGUUUGCAGUUUUUCUUAAUCCCAUCAGAGAUUUAACUAAAAAUUGGGAAGUUGAUAUUGCAAAGUAUCUGGAAGAAUAUUUGGAGGAGCUUCUGGAGGUCCAAAUCACUUUUGAUGGCGGGGAAACGGUGAUGAACUUUGCUGAGGCUGCAAUGCUAAUACAAGGCUCUGCAACAGUGUACAGUAAAAAGGUAGAGUUUUUAUGGCAAAUGACACUUCAAAUGCUUGAGUUAUUGUCAAGUAAACGCAAAUUUGAGUCCCACGAUGGAGACAAAGCAACUGAUGGUGCAGCUGCUGGUGGCAGUGGCAAAAAUAAGCCUGGAGUUCAUGACCAAACUGUUGAUUUUCAACGCAUAGAUAAUGUAGGAAUGGGACGGAACAUAACUAUAAAAGAAGAUGAUGAAGUUGAUCUGGAUGAGUUUGGUCAUAAAAAAACAUUUUCAUUUCUUCCUGCCACUCCUUUGCAUCUGGUGGAAAAGGAAAGUGAGAAGUGCAAAAACAAAAUUAAUCUCUACCUGAUCAAUGGAGAAACCUUUGGUGGCAAAGAUGACUUCCGGCUAAACAGAUCUUAUAUGACCCCUGCUGGCCUAAUGUGUUUGGACUUGCCAACUGAGCUGCUGCAGCGGAAAGAUGAGCUUGGGCCGGCUGAAGAUGGACCUUGCGCUCUUUCACCAAUUAGAGAAGAUCCUGAAUUGGAAGAAGACAAUCAUGAUGGUUUUUCUCCUGGGCAACUCUCUCCUCUGCCUGUUUUUGAGGAUCAUGCAACAGAAUUGAACCUCGGCCCAUUGGAGGACGAUGCAGGGUUUGCUGACGCUGCUGCAGUGUUCCCUGAGGCUGAAGGCUUCCCUGCCGUGGAAGUCGCUGCACCGCCCCUGGAGAUGCGGAGGCAGGGCAUGCGUCGGCGUGCCGCUGCUGAGGAGAUCGUCGCACUGCCACUCAAGCUACACGAGCCAUGGAAGCCCCUGGACUGCCAUGAACCCAAACUCUCACCGCGCCCCGUCAGAGCUGGCAGACUUCGGCGUCCUCCUCCCUGCUCCUGCCACAAAACUCCGCCUGCCAACAUUCGGAAGCGCAAAAAAUGUGCCGAUAAAAUCUCUGGCAAAGCUACUGAUGAAUCUCCACCCAUCGACCAGCACCUACUGAAGCACCUACCCGAUCUUGCUAACAACAAUAAUACCACUAGCAAAGCAGAUCUUCACCCUGCUCUGAGAGACCAAGCUUUGCAAGAAGAAGAAACCCGCGCUGAGCUGUUGAGACAAAGACGCGUAUGCGCGGCAGCACCAGACGGCGCGCCCGAGAGGAUUGCGGAGACGGACAAUCUUCAGCAGCACGACGCGCCCUUUGGUCUGGACGAUGAUGAUGAUAUUGCUGCCGAUGCAGCUUUGGACGUUGACGACGCAGAGAUGGUCCCUAAUUUGUCAUUUGACCUGCCCGACCCACACACUGGCUUGCUGGGCGAUGACGACGUCGGACGGUCUGGACGUGAUAGGGUGAACCCCUCAGCUGCUCACAACGACACGCUGCAGUACGAGCCUGACGGCGAGUACGAGGCACUCGUGCAGCAGUGGGUGGCUGAGUACAUCGUUAAUGCCCAGGACAGCAUAGCGUCGAGCGAACUGGUGAAACGUGUGAGCAAAUGGAGGUCUAAAAUUUCUCCUGUUUUGGCUUUGGAAGAAGAAAGGCAAGCGUUCGACAUUCAUGCCUACGGUGACAAGAUUUUGCGGAGUUUUACGUCCGAUGUGGGUGAGGUGCUGCCGUUCAGGAACAUCGUGUCGGGAUUGCAGAGAAACGAAGUUGCUAGAAUGUUCUUGUCAUCUCUUAUGCUGGCAAACACGUACAACGUGGAGCCCAUUUUAACUGAGCCUGGGGAGAUGCCGAUGGACUGCCUGACGUUAAGAUUGUUGUCCCGCGUACGACACCACGAGGAGAUGGAGGCGUACGUGGCCCCUUCUCAACACAACGUCCGGCCUGGCGAGGUCCAGGCGCCUGCCAGACGUUUGCUCUCCUCCCCUCGUCCGCCUGCCAAGAGAGGCAAACAAUUACCUUCAAGAGGCAAAGCCAAAGUUUCACGGCGUCAGGAGCGAAAUUUGGGCGACUCAGAUACAUCUGACUCAGACUCUAGCAUCUCUACAGCUUCUGAGCCUCUGACCAACGGAGUGGAGGAACCCACUGAUCUCAUAUGUGAUCGAAUUACCAAAGUUACGGAAGGAACUGUCUGCACGGACAUCACACAGCGGGCAGUCAACGAUCCAGAACUCCUGCUCCAAGCGCGAGCAGGAAAGAGAGCUUUAAGUGUAGAGUAACUGUAAAGAUGAUUAAUUCGUGCAGAGUGAAUGACGGCACGGCUUAACAUGGCGUGUAUUUUCAGUUUGGGAUGUUGCUCUUUUAAUGUUGAAGUUACCUGUUGUCUACUAAAUAUUUCUGAUUGAGGUGUCACAUUUGUUUUCUUGCACAGUUUUGGUGUGUCACCCCACAAGGGACCUGAUUAUUGUACAUUUAGUUAAUUUAUUAAUUUCUAAAAGAAUUAGAGGUGUGAUGCAUGCUGGAAUUGCGUUUUGAUGGAUUUUGGUAUACUUUUACACACUUUUUAUGUUGACAAGAACUUGGAAUAUUGGAUUGGAAUGUAUUUUUAGCCUAUUUGUGCUCAAGCAAAGAAAGUACUAUUUUUGGAACUCCAUUAUUCACAGUAAAUAUUUUUCCAGAAC